GCUGAUGCUCUCUUCAGCAGGCGCGUCUCCUACGGCCCGGCUGGAGCGCUUUGACCGUGGAGAAGCAAGAAGCACGAAGCUUUGAUGUAGCCACCUCACCUGACUCCAUGGCCUCGGCAGCGGAGGACCCUCACCUGGGUCCGGGCCCCGACGAGGAGGACGGGUCUUCAUCGGGGUGGGACUCAGACAGCAUCCUGUCCGACGACUCGGCGCUUCCAGACUACCCGCCCGGGACGUCCGACGGGCGCACGGCAUCCACGCUCUACCAAGCGUGCGCCCGCAACAGCCUGGCCUCCCUGCGUGGGGUCCUGGAGAGAGGAGUGACACCAGAGGAGGUCAUGGAGUUGGACAUCAACAACCGGAACGGCUUGAUGGUGGCCUGCUGCAAAGGCUUCCUGGACAUCGUCUACGCUCUCAACACCUGCCCCUACAUGGACGUCAACCACCAGGACCGCGAAGGCAACACCGCCCUCAUGAUUGCCUCACAAGCAGGGCAUGCCAGCACGGUGAUGUACCUCCUGAACUACUAUCCCGGGAUAGACACCGAGAUAAAGGACUGUCGUGGUUUCACAGCCCUCAUCAAGGCGGCCAUGACGGGCCGUGACGACGUGGUGGCGGCGCUGGUUAUGGCAGGGGCUGACAUUCAUGCGACAGACACCAGGAAAGGAAAGUGCGCUCAGGACUGGGCCCUGAAAACGGGGCGCUACGAGACGCUGUAUCGUCUGCGCCGCCUCACCAUGAGGCCAAAGGCUGAGCAGUUUUGUGAAAGCUUCGUCCCGGAGUGGCCCGAGCUGCAGCAGAGAGUGGCCAAGGCCACGGCGGAAAAGAGCACGCGGGAGAGAAUCAGCCAGCACAUCAAGACCACGUUCGGGUUCCGAUUACCUCGUGACCCCGAGGACAACGGGGUUCUGGACCACAUGGUGCGCAUCACCACCAGUCUCCACAGCCCGCUCGUCUCCACCGGGUGUCGUCCGCUGUGCCCGACCAGCCCCCCCGAGGUGGGCAGGAGGCGCCUGGCCGUGCCGGAGCUGAUGACGAAACACUCGCAGCGGGAAUUGGAGGAAAGUUCAGUCUGCCACAGCGACGGCUCCGCGUCGCACGUGGUUCCCUGCGUGCGCUCUGCCGAAUCCGUCGACACUGCCUGCUGCACCGACGGCGAGAGGAGGGGCAGCGUCCUCUCGCUGGCCUCCACCAAGGUGGCGUCCACGUUCAUCCCCCGCAGCAUGGCCAGGAGGAACAGCGUCUUCCCCUCCGGGUGCAUCCCCCAGAUCAACAUCAGCAGGCCGGCAGAGGCCACGCCCACAAAAGAGAAGAAGAAGAAGAAGACGGACAAGGGCUACCUGGAGCUUCCCAAGUGGAAAUAUAAGGAGCAUAAGGAGGAGAAGAAAAGGGCGGAGAGGGAAAAGACAGAGAGGGAGAAAAAAAGAGACAACGCCAAGCGCAAGAAAUGACCCCUACGGUUAAACCAAGUCUGAAGUGGCCCCGGCGCUUCCAAGCCAUGCUUGCAGAUGUUCACACUUUGACAGGUGCUAACUUGUUGAUUCAUCUACCUCACGCACGUGCAUGUGCACGUGCACGCUACGUACGUCACACAUCAGCCCAACGUCCUUCCCGAUCUGGGAUCCUCAUUCGCAGGAAGGCUUCUCACGUCCCCCGUUAUUCUUGGUUGGUGCAUCACGUCAGUGGAGGGCUCAUCAAUCACAACACACGCAGGCAAAGAUCAUCUAUUUCACACAAGCGCUCUGCUGUUUUUAGGAACCUCUUGCACAAAUGCGAGUCAAAGAUCCUCUACAUGACAAGAGCCUUCUGCUGUUUUGAAGACCCAACUACUACACAAACACGAGCCAAAGAUCCUAUAAAAGACAAGAUUGCUGUUUGCCACAAAAAUGCUAGUCAAAGAUCCUCUAUACGCCAGGAGCGCUGUGCUGCUUUUAAGGCCCGACUCCAAAAACACUAGUCGGAGAUCCUCUAUACGACAGGAACGCUGUGCUGUUUUGAAGCGCAGACUGCAAAAACACUAGUCAAAGAUCCUCUAUAUAACAGGAGCACUCUGCUGUUUAAGGCCCUACUACAAACAUCAAAGAUCCUCUACGUGACAGGACUACUGUUUUUAAGGACCAUCUGUAGAAAUGCUAGUCAAAGAUCCUUUACAUGACAAGAGCCUUCUGCUGUUUUGAAGACCCAACGACUACAAAAACACGAGCCAAAGAUCCUAUAAACGACAGGAUUGCUGUUUGCUACAAAAAUGCUAGUCAAAGAUCCUCUACACAGCAGGAUUGCUGUUUUCAGGUACCUGCUACAAAGUGCUCUAUAUGAUGUGAGGGAAAUUCUAUUGUUUUUAGAAAUCCGCUGCAAAAACGUCAGCUCGGCACUCAACUUGCGAGGCGGUCUGAUGUCUUUCACGGGCCGGUGUGGCCCGCGGGCCACCAGUUGGCAACCCCUGUUCUAUAUGCACAUUGUUUUGUAUGGGAAGAGCGUGUUAUUUGUCAAUCCCCAAACAAAGAUGAUGACUUGCACAUAUGUAGUGAACGUGUAUUAAAAGUGAC